CCUCUCGCCUUCUCCGCAAACAUUCAACACACACUACAGAGUGAAAAAGCGACGACAAUGGAGGACUACUCCAACCCCCGAUCCUUCAGACACAAGCUGAAGCAAUCUCUCUGUUUCUCCUGCUGCUUCCGCCGCCGCAGUCGCCACCGCCUCCCCCUCGACUCUCCGCCGUCCCCUUCCGACGACAAUCCGGCCUUCAUUUGGGUCAAGACUGAAGGACCUCACGACCACUCCUUAUCGGAGGUCAAAGACAAGUGCCGCAGUCUGUUGGGUCUUUGCGGAGUAAAUCACAAGAGAUACUCGUCGGCGGAUUUUAGGUACGAUCCAUUGAGUUAUGCGCUGAAUUUUGAGGAUGGAUUUGAAUUUGAUGAUGCGGCGCCGUUGAAGAAUUUCUCCGCCAGACUGCCGCCGUCUCCGCCCCUGCCUGCUGCCGUUAGUUGAUAUUUUCUCGGAGUUCUUUUCUUUUCCGUUUCGCGGGUGAUUGUGAUGGGAAAAUUGAGGCGCACUAUUCAAGAAAAACGACCUUUUUUCUUUUGUUUUCUUUCUAGAUUGUGAAUCAGUUGUAAAUAUUAACUACGAUUCCCCCCCCAAUUUCUUGAUAUCAGAGUGCAAAUGAUUUUUCCAAUUGCUUCUUUUUCUCUUUCUAUUGUUAACUGGGAAUGCUAA